UUUGCUAAAUUGAAAACAAUAACAAGAAUAGCAACAAUAACAACAAUCAAAAAUGUUUGUAAUGAACACUUUAGACGACAAGACUCUGCUUACAGCCGGGGCUAUAGGAUUAGGAAUCGCGGCUUCUUUUGUCUUUAGUCUAUACAAUAAUACACUCCAAAAACAAAAAAAGGACUCCUUAUUGCGUGGAGGACUUAGAGAGGUACCUGUUCCUUCGGAAGGAUAUCCAUAUAUCGGACAUGCUGCGUCUCUGGGAAGUCUGCCGGCAAUCACAAUAAAAAACUGGCAUGAAAAACUAGGUCCUCUGAUAUGCCUUCAUAUGGGAAUCCAACGAUGGGUUUUUAUAAGUGAUCCAAACAUUGCUCAUCAAAUAUUUGUUCGAAACGGAAUCAAGACAUCAGAGAGACAGAAGCAUCGCUUCGCACAAGAUAUUUAUGGAAAAGGAGGAAGGGGGAUCGUUUUCAAUCAAACUAGCAAAAAAUGGAAAACUACGCGUAGUAUGGCUCUUACAAUAUUAUCCCCAAAAUAUACCGAGCAAUUUGAGGGAUCUAUUGAAAAUGUCGCAAAAAAAACCCUUCGAGCGUUAAUUGAAAUAACAAAUACAGAAGGAUCUGUGGCACCAAAAGAGCAUAUCAGAAGAGCAACUUAUGGCACAAUGUUCAAAGCUAUUUUUGGAGAAAGCAUCGAUCCUUUCAAAAAUAAUAUUAUUACCCAGACUCUUGAGAUGACAGAUAAGGGUGUUACUUACAUUCGACCGGAAGCCGAUAUUGGUUCUUUCUUUCCAAUCUUUGCUUGGAUCAGUACUUUUAUGCACCCUAUGAAAGUAGUGGAAGAAGUCACACUUUGGAGAGACACAUACUACAAAAAUUUAAUCGACGAAGCGAUAGCUGCAGACUGCAAUAGUUUGGUCAAACAUGCAUAUUCCCUCAAAGAAGAGUCUGGACUGGAUGAUACAGACAUACUUGUUAUGAUAAGUGACCUUAUGUCUGCAGGUGGAGAUACAACUUCGGUAUCAUUGCAUUGGCUUUUAGCGAUCUUGUCUCGGUAUCCCGAUGUUCAAAAGAAAAUGGGAGAAGAGAUAGAUACCUUCAUAUCCAAAAAUAACAGAACACCCUUAUAUUCAGACCGAGAUGAGUUGCCUUACACAGUUGCAACUCUUCGAGAAAAUUUGCGCUUUAGGAGCCCAACUACUUUUGGAAUCCCCCACUACACAUCCACUGAUGUGGAAGCAUGUGGAUACUUUAUUCCUGCUGAUACUGUCCUAAUCAGUAGUAUGCAUGCAAUGCACAUGAACCCCGAUGUUUAUGACGAACCAGAAAAAUUCAAGCCAGAACGAUUUUUAGGUGAUUCAAGAACAUGGAGUGCUUCAAACAAUGGAAGUAUUGAAGAGCGUGAUAAUUAUUCGUUCGGGUGGGGAAGGCGGGUCUGCCCAGGCAUCCACUUUGCCGAGGUUGAGAUAUUUGACACAGCGGUUAAUAUUCUUGCCGCCUGCACUAUUGAGCCAGCCAUUGAUUCAAAAGGACAACCAGAAUAUGUAAACUUGGAUUCAGGUUUAGAAAAAGGAGUUGUAUUUGCUCCUGAAGAUUACAAGGUCAGAUUCAUACAAAAAACCAAGAAUUCAUAGGACAAAUCUUCUUGAGAUACCUACUGUAAAGAUUAUGAGCCAUAAAAUAAAACCAUUCUAUGCCUACUGCGAAAAAAUUGCACUACUACAAAUAAAUAACUGGCAUUAAUUCAUACAUGCUUAACCAUGCUGAU